AUGGCUGGGGAAGAUCCUCUCGCCGCCACUGCCCUCCCUACUGAGUUCGCGGCCAUUCCUCCCAGGGGGUCCUCGUGGGGGCCCCCCGGCGGCGGUUGGGUGGCGGCCGUCGUCUUCCUCCUCGUCUUACUAUGGCAGGGGCUGAGGAACCUCUUGACCCGCCGGCGGCAGAGGCUUACCGUCCCCCUGGCCUCUCCUGAUGCGUGGCCGGCCCGUGCGCUGGAUGGAGCUUCCUCGUCAGGGUUAGCUCCGAUUCGCACGCCCGUGAUAAUCUUACCCUGUUGGUUUUGGUUUUUUUCAUUUCCCUCCUGCUCAUCCUUUGCCCGCUCGUGUGCGUAAACGGCUCUCCACGCAUGCCGAAGUUUCCGCUUGGUGACGUUCUUGGAUUUCUAAAUUACCACAGUUCUCACAUCGCUUCUGGGAUUCUUAGAGCAGAAGGGACGGGCCUGCAUCUGAAUCGGCCGUAUCCCGAUGGGGCGGCGGAAUAGCAUUCGAAAGAACGCCGCUAGAUAAUUUCCUCCUUUCCUUGGAUAUUCGAACCCCCCCCCCCCAUGGCAUCUUCAAUAUUAGAGCAGUUCAGGCUUCAACCGUAUCCAUAUUUGGGAUAGCCCGCAGAGGAGAUACCAAUUGAGGGCGCCAUCUCUGCGCACAAGUCUAACCCUUUCAUCAGGGCGCAGUGGGUGCGGGAUUUCAUUCUAGGACUUUCGGAUCUGCCCUCUUCUCUGCUGUUAGAUUCCUAUGUGGCUCUUCUCCAGCGUGUCAUUAAUCACAUGGGUGCACUGAUCUCUUUGGCAGGAUCUCGAAGAUCAUAUCCGACGAAGAUUUGAGACAGCUGAUAUACAAUCUCGAAGGCAAUUUGAACGCUGGAGAAAGAUGGGAAGAUGUCAUAGACAGAAAGAGCGACCAGUUUUCUUACAUGGCAAAAUGUUGCAGGCCGAAGGUAUGCCCUCUGCUGAUUUGGUGUCCACUCUUCUCAUUAUACUUCCACCACUGUUGUCGGUUCCCUUGCAGAUCUGAACCAUGUAAGAAUGGUCCUCGUAUUCCCCCGUUCCCGUAUGGCACCAAGCCACGGAACGCGUGGCUUCUUGAUUGGUUACUUCGACGACUCCGCUUUGUUAGUUCUUCCCUGUGACAUCAGUAGCUGCUUUCCUGCAGGAGGGCCCCUUGAAGUACCUGAGCGCUACGGUAUUUGAGAAUUGCUCUACCGAGAUGUUGAGAGAUUUCUACAUGGAUAAUGAGUACAGGAAAGCGUGGGAUAAAACCUUGGUCGACCACCAGCAGCUGGAGGUCGAUGAAGCCAGCGGGACCGAAGUUGGGCGAACGAUAAAGAAGUUCCCUCUUCUGAGCCUUCGGGAGUAUGUGCUGGCCUGGCGGGUGUGGGGGGGGAGUGACGGCACCUUUUAUUGCUUCAUCAAGGUGAGACUUUUCACAAGAACAUUCUCUUUGCGUACAAUUCAUCAGCGAUUCUCGCGUGCUUUUCUUCUUGCGGCUGCAUGCGACUCUUUGAUAUUACUUGCCUUUGUGGUGUUGGGGAUGUCUGCGGCUGCUGGUUCGUGGGCAUUUCCUGUCCUGGGCCUUGGUCAGAAUCAGUGGCCGGGAUGCAGACUGAGAUGGAGGGUGGGUCAACUAGUAGUCCGGUGUUUGGAUGAGUUCUCAGAGUCUCACUCGGAAGACUCAGCUUGACGUAAAUGAGGAACGGGUUCAGAGCUUCCCCUUUCCUCUUCUUUUCCCACACAUCCUAUGCAUCAAAAUCUCAAGAGCAUGCAGGUCGUACAUUGUCGUUAUUAGUUAAACCUGGGCUGAAGGUUUAUUCUCGGUGCUCAUAGUAUGCCAUGCUGCGAGAUGAAAGAUAGGAUGAGGGUACACUGUUGUUCUGUGGGAAAGUACAAAGCGCCAUUAAUCUUCCAGUUUCCAACUUGUGAUCACUACUCAGUGAGGAUCGGCAUGCAACUCAUUAUCGGAGACGAAGGCCGCCUAUUAUGUCCUCGAAACAAUUGCUGCUUUGCCAGUUUCCAGCCUGUGGUCAGUGUUGGGCCAGGACGUAGUUCAUGUGUUUAAUUGAGCCGCAUGAUUCUAUGGUUUGCUAGUUCUCGAUAAUCCUGCAUCUUGUUCCUCUGCAAUGGUUUCAACGUCUUGUGAUUUUCCGCAUCUUGUGGGUUCAGGAUUGUGAGCACCCUUCGACUCCCCGACAGAAGAAGCUUGUGCGAGUUGGAUUCUUCAGGUCUGGCUGGCGUAUUAGAAAAGGCAAGGAACCACUCUGCUGCUCGUCCGAGGUCUUUCCCUUUUUGCCAUUUUCCGUUUUAGUCAGGAACCAAAUCGGACGAUGGGUGCAAAGAAAAUCUCGGAUCGAAUGUUCCAUCCGAGGAAUGUCACCUGAAGCAUCAUCCACACUGAUUAGAGAGUGGUGGAGUUGAUCGGCCGUUGGGUUGGCUCUCUGCCGCCCGGCGUCGUCCGCGGAAUGAGAUCCACCAAUCCAAGUUUUUGAUGUUUUCUUCUGACCUUGAUUUGAGACGAUCGUAUUUCUGCGCAGUCGCAGGCACAGAUGCGUGCGAGAUCAAAAUGGUGCACCAAGAAGACGCCGGUCUCAACGUGGAGCUGGCCAGAAUAGCUUUUGCCAAGGGAAUAUGGAGCUACAUUUGCAAGAUGAACAGCGCUCUGCGCGAUUACUCUCUUCGCAUGCGACCACCCUUGCCCAUGCUCGUUCAGGUAGCGACGGCUGCCCUCCUCCCUACUCGCUGGUUUCAAAAGCGAAUGAUGGAAACUGGCGCCAAGGAGCUUCUUCUUCUCUCCCGUUAUCACUACUAUUACCAUUUUCAUGCCGGAUAGAAACAUCUGCGUCGAGUGUUGUUCUAAACUGAGGUCGAUCGUCUUGGUUGUUCUUUCUAGGUGCCGCUUAGUUUGGAGGGCGACACUGAGACGGUUACACCCGGAGCUUACGAGAGCUCGAGCGGCGGCGCCGUCCUCGUGAAGCAGACGGGUGGGGACGAUCCGGGCGAGAACCUCAAACUCCUCUCGAGGAAGCCUUCCAAGACGUGGAUAGCGAAAGGGCUUCUGCUCGUCGGAGGGAUCGUCUGUCUGUCGCGAGGGCACUCCACGCUCGGCACCCAGCUCGCGGUGGCCUGCAUAUUGAAGAAGCUCAUGAGGCAGGAGGGGGAUGCCUCGUCGAGCCAGGAGGGACCGGCCCGGCUGUCUCGGGGCAGGCGGGGGCACCGCCAUCGCUGCUGA